GAUAGAUAGAUAGAUCGCAUUGGCUCUGUCUUUUCUCAGCCUCCGUUCUUGACUCUGUCCCAGUAGUAGAAUAUAAUUAGAUAUCAGUCACUGAAUAGUCUUUUUUCAAUCCCCUCUUCUUCUCCCAGCCCACUUUGCACUGUAAAAACCACUCAAUGACGUAUCAGUCAUCAGAGAACACACCCCUUUUCAUCUGUUUGUUUACGUCAGCUGGGGGAUGUCAGAGGCGGAGUGGGUUUUGAUUGGCCAAGACAGGAGGUAAAGCGUCAGAGCCGAUACGCAAGACGUGUAGAUCUAUUAAUACGUGCCUCCACCUAUGCCGAGGGACCCCUCUACUCUACGCAGCUAUCCUUUUUUUUUUUUCUAUCCCACUUGGUGAGCUGGGAUUUAAUAUCGGCAAAUAUGGAGCAUUGAAGUAGGGCUCCAAGAAUAAACCCAGACGGCCACGUGCCAGCAUUUUCGUCAGAGGCUGGCACAAUCUGUUCUCCCCGCUUCCGCUCUCCAUGGCAACAGUAGUAUGGAAGAGGCAGAAGGUUGGCCGAGAGACCGUGGGCGGGCAUCUGGCGUGCUUCACUCCAGUCCUUCCUACGUCUACCAGAUCUCCUCGCCUGACUAACAGCUUGGCAACUGUCUCUUGUCAGAAUUAACUCUGUUACAAUUCAGACUCAGGGCGGCUGGUUCCUCCCAUGAAGCCCAGAAAACCCUUUCCAGUGGGCCUGUGCUGCCUCGCGAUCGGCCUCGUCAUCUUCACUCUGGGACUGGUGCUGCCUUCCAUUUACAUCUAUCGCUUCUACUUUAUGUCCCAGCAGAUCCCAGAGGACAGCUUAUUCCACUGCCGGGUCAUCUACGAUGACUCUGUGUACGCUCCCCUGAGAGGACGCCAAGAACUGGAGGAGAACGUGGGCAUCUACCUUGAGGAGAACUAUGAGCAGAUCAGUGUUCCCGUGCCUCAUUUUGGGGGCAGUGACCCAGCAGAUAUCGUCCAUGACUUCCAGAGGGGCCUCACAGCCUAUUAUGACAUUGCCUUGGACAAAUGCUACAUCACUGAGUUGAACACAACUGCUGUGAUGCCUCCUCGCAGUCUGUGGGAGCUGCUUGUUAAUGUCAAGAGGGGGACGUACCUUCCCCAGACGUACAUUGUCCAAGAGGAGAUGGUUGUGACCGGCAGGUUGAGGAACAUGAGGCAGCUGGGCCCCUUCAUCCACAGACUCUGCUUUGGCAAAGAGACGUACCGCCUCAGGCGUCGCAACCAGCGCCAACGUAUCGAGAGGCGUGAGACAAAGAAGUGCCACAGAAUCCGUCACUUUGAGAACACUUUUGUGGUCGAGACCGUCAUCUGCGACCGACUCUAAAAUCUGAGGCGGAAAUCACAGCCAUCCGACACUGAAGCCAAUUUCAAACCAUACCUCUUGAAUUUCUUAUGCGUUAUGCUGCACUUUAAGAGCAAAAUGUUGUCCUUUAGUUUCAGUUUUAAGAGUUUUUGUCUCAUCUUUGCUCUUUUUAUUGUUGAUGUCUCACUUUUUAACUCACAUUGUACAUGUGAUGUGUUUGGAUUUAUCUGUGGCUUGUCUUGUAGAGCAGGAGAUAUUAAUCUCAGUCAAAUCAGCGUCAGUCUGUGACAAUUACAUCAGAAAACCAGACUCGUUCUUAUUUUGUUAAUAUUUGUUUGUUGGUCAUUUUUUAAAUUUCAUUUAAAGGGCAAAACAUACCUCAUGUAGUUAAGAUGUUCAUUUUGCUUGUUUAUAUCAUUACCGAAUUGUGUAUAUAACUGAUUGUUCCUAAGCAAUAUACAUAAAUAUAUAUACUGUAAAUUUUCUUCUUAAUAUCACAUUGUUACAUGCAUAGAUUUUUAUCAAAACUUGUUUUUGUGAGUGGUCACUUAUUUAUGUUUUUUUUUUUUUCCUUUGGUAUCACACUUUACUACUCCUUGGGUUAUAUACGGCUUUCGACUGUAAUUAGUAGCAGUGCUGUAGAGGGACAAAGGGAACCAAAGUCUGCAGUCAGUGAUGCUACACGUAGUUGUAAGGGAUAUAAUAUUUAUAUUGAAGAGUGCUUUAUAGUUUAGAUCACUUACUGUAGAUGAUAUCAAAGGCAAAAAACUACUUCUUUUUGCUCUUCCUCCUCCUCACUCAGAUUUAGCUGUUUGUCUUUAGCUUUCGCCUCCUCUCCGUCCUUUCUAACUCCCGUUUUCUACAUUGUUGACGAGUCUUAUCAUAAAUAACAUUUUUAGGUGUGUUUAUGAUGUACGUGUGUUCAUAUUUCACUGUUUUUGACACUUUAUCUGACUGUAAAGUCUAAAUUCUCUUGUAAGAUCUCGCUGCUUUAAAAAUAAACAAAUCAAACUUU